GGGGGGGAGCUCGUCGAUUUUCCAAAACACUCUCUGCGCAUUGUGUCUCUAUUGCUCGGCGUGAACAUUAGGGUUUUGAUUCCGGCGAGCAUUGGAGAAUAGUUAACGUGGCGGCUAGUUCUUCAAAUAUUCCGAGGAGGUAGUUGAGCAAUGGGGAAAAGGAAGUCAACAGCAAAGCCGGCUCCGAAGAAGCGGAUGGACAAGCUUGACACCGUCUUCAGCUGUCCCUUCUGUGGCCAUGGCUCCAGUGUCGAAUGCCGCAUUGAUAUGAAGAACUUGAUCGGGGAAGCCAAUUGCAGAAUAUGCCAAGAAAGCUUCAGCACAACUGUCAAUGCUUUGUCUGAAGCAAUAGACAUCUACAGUGAAUGGAUUGAUGAAUGUGAACGGGUUAACCAUCUCGAAGAUGAUGGUGAUGCUUAAGAAGAAGUCCUGAAGCACCUGAUGCCUAGAAAGCCAGGAUACAAGGUUACCAUAGCCUAGUAAUUUCCAAGCUCUGUUAUAAUGUUGCCCUUUAGUUUUGGCCUUGUUCUAAAUAAGGCUCCUAGUCAAAAUGUUGAAACGACUCGAACAAGACAGUUUCGACUUGUUUGUCAUGCUUUACAUUUCAUU